UUAUGUUUCAAACAUUUGCUUUAAGCUAUUAAUAAUUUGAUCAAGUCAGGAGAAAGGUUCAAUAUGUAUUGCCUAAUAAGUCUUUUAUUGGUGAUGCACUUUAUCGUGGUAUCCGCGAAGGUGACCAGUUCGCCACCGGUUCUCAUCUGGGGCACGGAUACUCCCAAGGCUGCGAGUAUUUUUCGCCCUCUAAAAACUGGACAAUUUGAAAGGAUAAUACAAAAUUUGCAGAAGGACAACAUGAUAGUGAUUUACCUUGCCUCAGAGCUAGCCGCCAAGGACAUAAACUGCGAUGUGUGCUUUCCCUACUUGGGCAAGAUCCAACCCAUGAACUACUACAGCCAGGUGGAGGAGCCUCUGAAGGCCGUGGAAAGGGUCAGUAAGAGGACCGCAGAUAUCAUCUGGCACUAUCCCGCAAUCACGGAUAUAAGGAGACUGGAACUGGAAAUGGAACUGCCCUGCAAAAAGGGCCAGAUUCACGCCUUUAGCUUUAACAAUCGCAAUGUGCUCGCUCAUGAUGCAGCCAUGGCGGUGGCAACCUAUCAGUUCAGCGACUGUCCGGUGGUGCAUGUGUACACGGCGUACACGGAGGAAGAUAGGGCUUUCCAGCGUCGUAAAGUCCACAAGACGCGUCCAGCCCCCUUGAAGAGCCUUGAGCCACCAACGAAUGAAUCCGCCCUCGGUCAAAUGCCGCAGCGUUUCACGUACAGCUUGGUCGAGAACAUGACCGUUCUGCGCCACGACAUGCUCAUCCUAUCCUUUCGGAACAUACUGUUGGCCAAGAGGGAGGUCCCGGGAGUGCUGAACCCCUUCAACCGAACGGACGUGGUCCUUCCAAAUGGACGGGAGGAGGUGCAGGUGGCCUUCCUCAACGGCCAAGACCUCCACGGCGGAAUCAUAGUGGCGAUGGACACGAACAUCAGCCCCCUGCUACUAGAGUUCGUUCCCUCGCAGGGCAACUGGUUCUUCACCCGCAUGAUCUUCAGCAACCUCUCGCACUAUCCGCGCGACUACCUCUUCUUCGGCUUCGAGUUCAGUCUCUGCUGUACGGACAUAACGGGCUUCGCCUCGGACACGGAGCGGCUGACCUUCUUUGACUUUCACCUGGACAUCCUUCGGCGGGAUACGGAUAGUGGCUUGGACCUGAACUACGAGGUCAAGCCCUGCUGGGGCUGUUCUGUUCUGAUGUCCUGGACCCUGACACAGACCCUGUUUGUCGGUCUGAUCAUCGUUAUACUGCUCUGGAUCGGCCUCGCGAUGAUACUCUCCAUCGGGCAGAACAAGAUCCUCCAGAACGCCAACGACCCCGACCUGCACAUCAAGACGGACACCUAGGAGACCCGCAGCUGUGGUGGCGACCCUCGCAACCCACGCUCUUUGAUGCACAUGCGGCACAGUACUCUAAACGUUCUGCUAAUUCACUUGCUUACAAUUCUAAUCGCGUGGGGCGCGGGUGGUGCGGGAAAGGGGCUGAGAUCGUAAUAAUAAUGUCAUUGUCGCGUUA